UUUUUCCGGGACGUACGUACAGCGCUACAAUAUAUCCAUCUCAGCCUUCUUUUUCCGUCUCAAUCCAUUCUCAAUUUCUGGAUAAUUACAGCAACAACCAACAGAUUGCGGCCGCCGUCUCUAUGCCUUCGGGCAGUGAAAGAUCUUCCAACUCUACGCCUCUUUUCGAGGUUGAAGUCAAAGAAGGGAUGGAGAGCGACGACGAGAUCAGGGGAGUCCCUGAGAUGGCCGGAGAAGCCACCGGCAAGAAAACUGCAGCUGAUCCAGCGGCCGGUCCGGACCGGGUCCAGCCCUCGGCCAGUCGGGCGAAUAAGAGAGGAAGAAGCCCGGCCGACAAGGAAAACAAGAGGCUCAAGAGGUUGCUGAGGAACAGAGUUUCAGCUCAACAAGCACGGGAGCGGAAGAAGGCCUACUUGAUUGAGCUGGAGGGUCGGGUGAAGGACUUGGAGAAGAACAACUCUGAGCUGGAGGAGAGGCUGUCCACCUUGCAGAAUGAAAACCAGAUGCUUAGACAGAUACUGAAGAACACAACAGCAGGGAUGCAAGAGGGAAAGAAAUGAAAGAAAGUGAGUAGAAAAUCAGGUGAAAUUGUGCCCCCAGAAACCUUCCUCCCUCUCUUUCUUCAUUCAUUCCUUCUUCCUUCUGGUUCUAUAUAUAACAGUUUAGCUCUCCAAUCUAAAAUAAUUCCAUUAUAUAUAUAUAUCCUUUUUUGACUCAUGACUUUCUUUUUUCCAAAUUUGUCAUUAUAUAUAUAUAUAUAUUAAAUUUUAAAAGUAUCAAACUACCCUUAAUUUUAAUUACUUUUAAAC